AUGGCAAGCAAAGAGAUCACACUGAUUCGUAAAAACUGGGAACCAGUCGUUCGGGAUAUUUCCAAGCUUCAUCAUUCAAGUCUCACCUUCUACGAUAAACUGAUCAAAGCAGUGGAUGAUUCUCAAAUUGUACUCAUCGGAGAAGCCUCUCAUGGUACUCAUGAGUUUUACAAACACCGAGCAGAGAUUACCAAAAGACUCAUUGAGGAGAAGGGAUUUAAUUGUGUUGCUGCAGAGGCUGAUUUCCCUGAUUGCUUCCAAGUGAAUCAAUACGUAAGGAACAUUACCAACUGUAGCUGUGAGGAGGCUCUUGCAGGUUUUAAACGUUUCCCAACAUGGAUGUGGCGUAACACUCCUACGAAGGAGUUUUUAGAAUGGCUCUGCGACUACAACAAGAAAUUCAACUCGACCCAAGACAAGGUGGGAUUUUAUGGUCUCGAUUUGUACAGCUCUGAUCGUAGUAUGAAAGCAGUCUUGCAGUAUUUAGAUUCCACCGAUCGAGAAGCAGCCAUGCUGGCAAGAAAGCGUUACGAAUGCAUGCAAGGUUUUAUUGAGGGCAGACGCACAGGAUCCUCUCUAAAGAGAGAGUGUGAAGAGAAGGUCAUGCAAGUGCUCAUGGAUUUGCAAUCACGUACUGUCGAUGAUUUUAAAAACAACUCCUCUGUCACCGAGGAAGAUCGCUUGUUUUAUGCGGUCCAGAAUGCUCUCGUUGUGAAGAAUGCUGAAAAGUAUUAUCGUACCAUGUUUAUUGAUGGAAGUUGGAAUAUAAGAGACUCUCACUUUUUUGAGACUCUAAAAGAGACUUGCAAAUAUUACGAGAAAACUUAUGGAAAACAAGCAAAGGUAGUUAUUUGGGCUCACAAUUCACACGUUGGAGAUGCUUCCCAAACCGAUAUGAAGUUUGAGAGAGGAAAUGAAAUUAACAUUGGAAGAUUAUGUAGAGAAAACUUUCCUCCCAAUAAGGUAUAUAUCAUUGGGUUUAGCACUUACACUGGAAGUGUGACAGCAGCCGAUCAUUGGGACGAAGAUCCUCACUAUAAGAAGGUGAAUCCUGGAAUGAAAGAUUCAAUUGAGGAUUUGUGUUAUAGGGCAACUUUGGGUCAAGGUGUCGACAACUUUAUUUUGCUCUUUAAGGAUAACAGUGCCACUGCGUCCUCUUCAGCAAGUGGAAUGAGUGAUGUUGUGAUCGAUAAGGAACUUGUUGCGGAAUUGGCCAAUACAAGAGAAGAAAGAGCGAUCGGAGUGGUGUAUCGACCAAAAACUGAACGGCAUUCACAUUAUUUUGGAGCACAGGUUUCGAAACAAUUCGAUGCUUUGAUUCAUUUCAAUGUUACUAAAGCAGUUCAUCCCUUGGACACUAAGCAUGAAUGGGCAAAGAAAGAAUUGGAAGAGACGUAUCCAAGCGGUCUCUAA